AUGUCGUAUGAAUUCGCUCCAGGACCUCAGGCCGUUCGGAUUCUGCGCCUACGAUCUGCCCUUUCCUCGCUCAUUACACUCCUCAACACGAUCAUUUCCUCUCCCCUCCUCUGCACCAUAGAGGGCUUCCGUUGGCAUGGAUUUCUCCAGGCUGCAGACUGUUGGAAUUCCUCUGCUGGCGCAAGAAGCUCCACCCCCCUUUUCCUCGCUCUCUAUGCUCCACUACACCUGCAUCGCCCUCAUCUCUGCAUCGUGUAG